AUGGACGAAAUCCUUGCUCGUCUGAAGUUGAAUGACUCCCGGAAGCCUAGCAGUGAUGUUCGCUCUCUUGACAAACUCCUGCACAACUUGCAGGACCAGAACAAAGCAUUGAAGAGACAGGAAGAUGAAAUCAAGAAUGGAACCGAUUCUCAUCGCCACCUUUCCACGUCCGUGUCUGGAGAUAGCUCCUCUAAUUCGGAUGCUGGCGUUUCUACUACAAUUCCUGUCGACAUCGCUCCCACUAGCAAUCGUCCAGCUGCAACCAUAGCCAAGACAGACAAUGCUGAAAUCUUGCGUGUCAAGCGGGAGCUUGAAGCCGCCAAGUCUCUCAUCUCACGUCAGGAACAAGAGCUUGCGGAAACUCGUACCCUGAAGCACACUAUGGAUCAAGCCAUGGGGCCCCCCUCUGAGAUUGGAGAUUUUGUUCCAUCAAAUGACCUUACCGAGAACACCAUUGGCCAUCUUCAGAGUGCGUUCAAUGCAUCAGCUCGUCCAUUCACUUCGCGUAAUGACGCCUGGGUUGCCCAAGACCACCUCCAAGUUGACCCAGUUGACCUCAUUGGCGGAAACUUUGGACGAUCCCGUGGCGUUUGGCAGAACACUGCUGCGUCCAUGGCUGAUAACCCAGGUACCAAUCCUCCUGGUGCUGGAUACACCAGCGCUCGCGACCUUCGUCUUCCCAAUCAUGGUUAUGAUAACCUCUAUGGUACUGCUGCCCUUUCUGGUGGUGAUUCGGCCUUUCAGACCGGUAACUUCUCGGGCAAUGCCCCAGGUGCCGGGUACGACAUGAGAACUCAUGCUGAGGCCAUGGCCUUCAACCCUCAACAGCUCAACAUGAGACGGAAUGGAGCUCCGCUUCGAAUCAACACCACCGCCAUUGAUCCUCUCUCAGCCUAUCAGAGCUACCCACCGGGUGCCACCGCUCUGACUCCACCGGCAAUCAGCUCAAUGGGUAUUCCAGGUCAAUACAAUUACCAACAACGGGGUAUUACUGCUCCACUAUCGCCUACAGGAACCGACUUCAAUGCCUCAAGUGGUCAAGGUGUCACUAAUCCAUGGCCCCUUUCAGCCAAUAUUACAGGUGGACAGACAUAUGUAACCCCUCUUGAACCUAUGAAUUAUCGCCGCCUCCUUGACAAGUCAGUCUCUUGUGACUGGAAGUACAUUGUCGACAAGAUCGUCUGCAACAAUGAUCAACAAGCCAGCAUCUUCUUGCAGCAGAAACUCAAGGUCGGCACGGCAGAGCAGAAGUUCGAAAUUGUUGAAUCCAUUGUCAACCAGGCUUACCCAUUGAUGAUCAACCGCUUCGGUAACUUUCUUGUCCAACGUUGCUUCGAGCACGGCACUCCAGAACAAGUUGUAGCAAUUGCUGAAGCCAUCCGAGGCAAUGUCUUGUCGCUCAGCAUGGACCCAUUUGGCUGCCAUGUCAUCCAGAAAGCCUUUGAUUCUGUUCCAGAGGAACACAAAGCUGACAUGGUCCAUGAAUUACUUCGACGUAUCCCAGAUACUGUUAUUCACCGCUAUGCUUGUCAUGUUUGGCAGAAGCUGUUCGAACUCCGCUGGAGUGGAGAACCCCCGCAAAUCAUGUUGAAGGUCAAUGAGGCUCUUCGUGGCAUGUGGCAUGAGGUUGCUUUAGGUGAAACUGGCAGUCUUGUCGUUCAGAACAUCUUCGAGAAUUGUGUCGAAGACGAGAAGCGCCCCGCCAUUGAAGAGGUCAUUUCCAACAUCGACUUGAUUGCUCAUGGUCAGUUUGGCAAUUGGUGCAUUCAGCAUUUGUGCGAACACGGCUCUCCACCCGACAAGCGUCGAGUUGUUGAUCAUAUUCUCACCAACUCGUACAACUACAGUGUUGAUCAGUUCGCUUCCAAGGUGGUUGAGAAGUGCCUCAAGAUUGGUGGACCAGAGUUUCUGGAUCGAUACCUCGGAGUUAUCACAACUGCUCAUCCAGACCGCCCACGCAUUCCGCUCAUCGACAUUGCUGGUGACCAAUACGGCAAUUAUCUUAUCCAAUGGAUCUUGAUGAACACUCAUCACCAUCAGCGUGAACAGGUUGCCAUCCACAUUCGAAAGCACAUGGUCUCUCUUCGUGGUUCCAAGUUUGGGUCUCGUGUUGCUAUGCUCUGCUGCAAUCCAAACUCGGCCACACGUCCGGGAGCUGGUGCUGUUGUCAAUCCAUUUGGCGCCCCUGGUCAACCACGCAGUCAAUGGGCUCGCUUCCGCUAG